CACUCGUUUUGGGUUAUAACUAUAGAACAAAUCAUAAAAAUAAUAAUACUUGCUUCCCUAUACCCAUAUUAUUAUUAUAAUGGUUCUGCUGAUGGUACACUUUUGAUUCUUCAAAAAAAAAAUAGUUUAAUUGGUGUCAGAUAUGGUGCGGAUAUGUGGUUUUAUUUUGCUUUGGUUGUUAUCGGAUUGUUGGGGGUUGAAUAAUCAUAGUGAAAAAGUCAAUAAGGAUGGGGUAGCAAUGAUGGAAAGAAUGCAGAAUAAUGGUUCUGCAAGAAUUCCAAAUUUGGAUCGAUAUGAAAAACCAUAUACAAAACAUGUUAAUAAUUUGAAAAAAUACUCGCUCAACAGCAACAUAGAAGAAAAUUUACAAUACAUUGUCAAUCAAAUUCCCAAUGAAAAAUGCAAAACUGAUAUGAAUCAAGUGUUGAAAGGUUUAAAGAACAAGGAAAAAUGGGCACUAAAAUUAUUUGACGCUUUUCCUAAAUUCCCACUUGGACUUUUAUACGGUAAUAUGUACCAAUUGGGAAACUUUGACGAAUGUAUAAGUGUCCAAAAUGUUGAAAUUACUGGACAAUAUUGUUUAGCGGACAUUGCGUUUCAAGUUAAAGACAACUAUACUGGAUUGGUGCGACCAUUGGAUGACGAAUCUGAACAAAGAGGUAAAUUCAAUAGUACCAGCAUCCAUUGGGCUAUAUGCUUACCCUCAACUUGCAAUCCUAAAGAUGGAGAGAUUUUAGUUGAAGAAGUGUUCUCUUCUUUAAUUGAUUUGAAAUCUUUGGAAGUUAUUAUUGAAGAAAAAAGUUGUUAUUAUAAGCAACCAAAUACUACUUCUAUAGGGGAGAUUGUUUAUGGAUCUACUAUAGCAUUACUAUUAGUUUUCAUCCUAUUAGCAACAGUAUUACACUUAUGGACAAUAAAAAAACGUAAAAAAUACGUCAGUUACAAUGUAGAUGCUGUAAGGGAGCACAACGUAUCACUAACCAGCGAAGUUAUUUUAAGUUUUUCCUUAAUUCAAACCGUAAGCAAAUUUUUACAAAUUAAACCCACAGACUUAAAUUUGGAAUGUAUUUCCGGCAUAAAAGUAUUGUCGAUGAUGUUUAUUAUUGCUGGACACUCUUUGAUUUUUCUGUUUGGCAGUCCUGUGUCCAAUGCCGAAUUUGCAUUCGAGAUGUAUAAACAGGUGAACAACAGCAUAUUUCUAAAUAGUGCUUUAUUAGUAGACACUUUCCUGGUAGUGAGCGGAUUUCUAAUGUGCAGGCUUUUGCUACUCGAAUUGGACAAGCGGAAAGGAAAAAUCAACUUUUUGGUUUUAUACAUUGCCAGAUAUAUAAGGUUGACCCCAGCUUAUUUGGUAAUCUUAGGUUAUUACUUGACGUGGUUACCAAACGUGGGCGAUGGGCCUUUAUGGAAAAAUGUUACUGAAACUGAAAACUCUAGAUGUAAAAAUUCGUGGUGGGCUAAUUUGCUUUAUGUUAAUAAUUACGUUCAGACUGAUCAAUUGUGCAUGUUUCAAGCUUGGUACCUGGCAGCCGACUACCAUCUUUUCAUCGUUGCACCCUUCCUGAUUUACCCACUCUGGAAAUGGCCGAAACCUGGCGUGAGUUUACUCGUUACCGUCACAAUUGGGACAAUUAUUUUACCUGGUUAUAUCACUUACAAAAACGAAUUAGAUCCCACGAUACUUGCGUUUUCUCCAGAAAUUCAAGAUUUAUCAACAAAUUACUACUUUGUUACGGCUUAUAUUAAAACUCAUAUGCGAGCGAGUUCUUACUUUUUAGGGAUGAUUUUUGGGUAUUUGGUACAUGAAAUGCAAACAAAUUGCUACAAGCUCUCGGCUGUGAACAUAUGGAUAGGCUGGAUCUUGGCAACUAUUUUCAGUAGCUGUAGCAUGUUUUCCAUCGUUUUUUUCCUGGACCCUGACUAUAGCUAUGACGCUGUCAUAUCGUCGAUUUAUGCCCCUUUGCACAGGGUUGCCUGGGCCUUGGCUUUAGGAUGGGUUAUUGUUGCUUGUGUCACCGAUAAUGCCGCUAUUAUCAACAAGUUUUUAUCGUGGAAGAUAUUUAUACCGCUCAGUAGGUUGACGUAUUGUGCUUAUUUAGUCAAUGGAUUGGUAUUGAUUUGGCAUAAAGGGUCGGCAAGAGAUGCAGUUUCAUGGACCAGAUUAGGAUUGGCCUAUGUUUUAUUUGGACAUCUAGUAAUGACUUGCAUUUUGGCAUUUGUCCUAUGUAUAUGCUUCGAAUCUCCAAUUCAUGGAAUAGAAAAGAUUUUACUCAGAAAAGGGUCCCGUUCAUCAAGCAGUUCCAAUCAAUCAAGUGUGCCUACUUAAAAAAGUUCAAAUAAAAUGUAACCCUUAAACCUUUACUUUAAAUUGUAGAAUCAGUUGUUUUUAAACCUGCUUACAUUACAUAUAUUUGAAUAUAUGUAAUUACCUUUUGGUAAGAAUUUCAAAACAUUUUAUAAAAGUAAACCUUCAAAAUCCUCCAGUAACUUCAAUAGAAGCACCAUUUAUGUAAGAACUUUUAUCCGAAGCAAGAAACAGAAUAACUUCAGCCACCUCUAAAAAAAAAUAAGGUCAAAAACAUAUUAAUAAACCAUUCCUAUUACCUUCUGGUUGUCCAAAUCUCCCCAAAGGUAUCAUCGCCAAAAAUUUGUCUUUAACCUUUUCAGGUACAGCUAAAGUCAUAGGAGUUGAAAUCAUGCCGGGCAAAACUGUGUUAACUCUUAUACCCAUUUUAGCGUACUCUUUAGAAGCUACUUUAGUUAAUAAAUCGACGCCUGCUUUGCUGGCACAAUAGUUUGCUUGGCCCAUGUUACCAUAUUUAGCUACGAUGCUGCCAAUGUUGAUUAUCGAAGCUUUGCCAACUUGAUGUUUGACUAGCGCAUUGGCAAAAUGUUGCACUAUUAGAAAUGUACCCUAAAAAACUGUCUUGAUAGAGGAACUAAAUUUUUUAUGCGUUGAAAUGAUUACCUUCAAAUUUACAUCAAUUACUUCCAUAAAAUCCUCUUCUGACAAUUUCCCCAAAAAAUUAUCCCGUGUGAUUCCGGCAGCAUUAACAAUUAUACUGGGCGGUUUGGAGUAGAUUUUGAUAGCAUUUUCCAAUGCUUCUUUGACAUUUUCCUUAUUCUCGACCGAUAGUUGCACUGAUAAAUGCUUCUGAUCUUGAGGUAAUAAUUUUACAGUUUCUUCUGCGCUUGAUAAUAUUUUAUCUGCUGCUAAAACGGUGGCACCUUCUUUGGCUAGCAACUGGCAAGUGGCUCUACCAAUGCCAGAUCCUG